AUGCAACUCGCCACCCUGACUGCCUUCCUGGCCGCUGCCACCAUCGCCCUGGCCAACCCAGCACCUACCUGCGGUACCUGCAAUCCCAUCUCUGGCCAGAACAGUUGCGACAUUACUACUUCGUGUAUCAACACGGGCACGAGAUUCCACUGUGCCUGCCGUGCCGGUUACAAGGCCUCCCAUAACAACAAUGAUAUUCAUUCUCAGUUCCGUCUGAACAUGCCCAACUACGAGUUCUUGGUCUUUGUUCCGGAGAACACUGUUUGCAAUACUUUGUGUGAUAACCCGUACGCUGCGCCUUCGAAUCUGUGCCACGAGGUGAAGGAGUACGCCUGCACUGUCUGA